GACCCGCCGCGGGCCGGGCACAGCCGGGCACCCUCCGGCUCCGCUCCCGCUCCUCCCCGCGCUCCUGCGCCAGCCCGGCCAGGCGCGCCUGACGUGGACCAUUAAACUUGGAGCUGCCGCCUCGUCCCCUCUCUCCUCCUCCCUCUGACAGGCGAGCGAGCCGCUGGGUGCAGGCAGGCGACGUGCUGCCGGGUUAGGCUGCCCGAGGGGGAAAUGACUUCUCGCCAGGAGGACGUCUCUGGAAAGAAGACCACGGAGGGAGCAAAGUUUCAGGGCAGCUGAGGAGCCUUGGCCGCAGCCCUUCCGAGCCCAAUCUCCUCCCUGGCUAUGGAGGGCGGACUCUAAAAUGAAUCCCGAUCUGGACACCGGCCACAACACAUCAGCACCUGCCCACUGGGGAGAGUUGAAAGAUGCCAACUUCACUGGCCCCAACCAGACCUCGAGCAACUCCACACUGCCCCAGCUGGACGUCACCAGGGCCAUCUCUGUGGGCCUGGUGUUGGGCGCCUUCAUCCUCUUUGCCAUCGUGGGCAACAUCCUGGUCAUCCUGUCGGUGGCCUGCAACCGGCACCUGCGGACACCCACCAACUACUUCAUAGUCAACCUGGCCAUUGCUGACCUGCUGUUGAGUUUCACAGUCCUGCCCUUCUCUGCUACCCUGGAAGUGCUCGGCUACUGGGUGCUGGGGCGCAUCUUCUGUGACAUCUGGGCAGCGGUGGAUGUCCUGUGUUGCACGGCCUCCAUCCUGAGCCUGUGUGCCAUCUCUAUUGAUCGUUAUAUUGGGGUGCGCUACUCUCUGCAGUACCCUACGCUAGUCACCCGCAGGAAGGCCAUCUUGGCGCUCCUCGGUGUGUGGGUCUUGUCCACAGUCAUCUCCAUCGGGCCUCUCCUUGGCUGGAAAGAACCUGCGCCCAAUGAUGACAAGGAAUGCGGGGUCACAGAAGAACCCUUCUAUGCCCUCUUUUCCUCCCUGGGUUCCUUCUACAUCCCACUUGCUGUCAUUCUGGUCAUGUACUGCCGGGUCUACAUCGUGGCCAAGAGGACCACCAAGAAUCUAGAGGCGGGAGUCAUGAAGGAGAUGUCCAACUCCAAGGAGUUGACCCUGAGGAUCCACUCCAAGAACUUUCAUGAGGACACCCUCAGCAGUACCAAGGCCAAGGGCCACAACCCCAGGAGUUCCAUAGCUGUCAAACUUUUUAAGUUCUCCAGGGAAAAGAAAGCAGCCAAAACCUUGGGCAUUGUAGUCGGAAUGUUCAUCUUAUGUUGGCUCCCCUUCUUCAUCGCUCUCCCGCUUGGCUCCCUGUUCUCCACCCUAAAGCCCCCGGACGCCGUGUUCAAGGUGGUGUUCUGGCUGGGUUACUUCAACAGCUGCCUCAACCCCAUCAUCUACCCGUGCUCCAGCAAGGAGUUCAAGCGCGCCUUCAUGCGUAUCCUAGGGUGCCAGUGCCGCGGUGGCCGCCGACGCCGACGUCGUCGCCGUCUAGGCGGCUGUGCUUACACUUACCGGCCGUGGACGCGCGGCGGCUCGCUGGAAAGGUCGCAGUCCCGGAAGGACUCUCUAGACGACAGCGGCAGCUGCAUGAGUGGCAGCCAGCGGACUCUACCCUCGGCGUCACCCAGCCCAGGCUACCUGGGUCGAGGAGCGCAGCCACCGGUGGAGCUGUGCGCCUACCCUGAGUGGAAACCCGGGGCGCUGCUCAGCCUGCCAGAGCCUCAGGGCCGCCGCGGCCGCCUUGACUCCGGGCCGCUCUUCACCUUCAAGCUCUUGGGCGAGCCGGAGAGCCCCGGCACCGACGGCGACGCUAGCAACGGGGGCUGCGACACCACGACUGACCUGGCCAACGGGCAGCCAGGUUUCAAGAGCAACAUGCCCCUGGCGCCCGGGCACUUUUAGGGUCCCUUUCCAUCUCCCCCAACACACACAAACAUGGGGGGCGGAGAACACCAUCGUGGGGAGUGGGAGGGCCCGUGGGCGG